AUAUUGAUAAGUACUAUCUAACACUCAACGCGUUUAAUUCAAACAUUAUAAAAAGUUUGCUGCUUUUACUCGACUGGUUUCAUUAAAUCUGACUGGUGCUCUUCUAGUAACUGAGUUUUGUGAUUCUUACUACCAUAAUAAUGGAAAGGACGUCGAUAAUCCCCGGGAUGUUGCUCCUGCUGUUCGCUUUCGGCGCCCACGCCCGGAACCUCCGGACCAAUUACGACGACUCCGCCCUACAGCCAAUCCUGUCGCAGUCCCACAGGACUCGCAUUUGUUAUGAGCUGUGCAUGUCCGGACUAGGCGGGACUCCUUGCGGGGACACUUGCUUCGACCUCAUGCCCACGAACUUGCCCCUCGUAGGACAAAACCAGAAUAGUCAGAACGAGAGCGACAAUAACGGGACGUCCAUCAGGGUGUACAACGCUACGGCUCGGGAUGACUCCUGUACCGUAUUGUGCAAGAACCGAUUAGGUUAUCCGUUGUGUGCCUGCACUUACGAUGACUCGAAGCUGUACGCUACCAAUUUUAUGGAAAUUUGUUCCGCGUUUUGUGUGAGUUAUGGCUACCAGCUUUAUGGCUGCCAAAACUGCAGCUUGUACCGCGAAUAUAUCAUCAACAAGUCAUCUGAUCCCAACAACCCGUUCGACACUGCAAGUAUGGAUUUGGAUGGAUCAGUUUCGAUAGGUUGGGAAGCUUGGUGUCGAGAAGAAUGCUCAGAUGGAAACGGCGGAGCCGCUUGCAACUGCGAUUUACUACCAUAAUUAAAGACUACUUUUACUACUUAAAGAAGAAUUUUUGAGCAAGCACACCCCUAAGCCUGACAACAGUCCCUUUACAUGUAAGCGAAACACAACUGGAAUAUUUGAAGCCUGCUUCUACUAGCCAUAGGUCAAUUCGAUUUCAAUUAUAGUCUAUUACUAGUGAUUUUUCCGGUUUCAAUUAGUAGUCAAUUUUAAAAAUCUUUAUGUAACUACAUUGUCAAAAAACGACAACAUGUGUCAACUAUGUUAUUUAGCAUUAUCUAAGAUAUAAGAACACUUGAUCAAAAAUCUAGUUAGAAAUACAACAAUAAUUUGGAUUUGCUAGAAAACCAUAUACCUAAGACAUGCCUGUAAAAAUUAUAAAUAAAAAUUACACAUUUUAAAGCAUGAUUAGAGUUAGAUAAAUGUAAAUACAAUGACAAAGUCACAACGUCUUCCAAUUCUGUAUAUAUUGACUAACUAAGCUGGUAUUCCUAAAAAUUUAAUAAUAGAUUUAAAAAAAUAUUUUUAUUACAGAUAUUUUCCAGUUUAUUAUCAUUGUCUCAGAAGUUAAUACAUCUAGUUAUACCGACUUCUUUCCCAGUUACCAAAAUUGUUCUUUUGAAUAUGUGUUAAGGAACCAAUAAAAACAUAUUGUUCAAUGCGGUUGUAAAUCAACUUAAAAAAGCUUUUAUAUGUAUUAAAUGCAAUCUAAAACUCGUAGCCAUAGAAUAAUCAUAUCACGAUUAUAUCAUGUAAAUAGUUAUGAUGUCAAAAUUAUCCAAAUGAUUCUUCUUCCUACUUAUAGUCAAUAUUUUUGUUUGUUUAUGACUAAUAUUGUUUUAGCUUGUUAUGUUAAAUGUAAGGCAUUUUACUUUGUCUUGCACACUAAUAAAAAAUAAUAUUUCAUAUUCUAUCUUCCACUUUAUGUUGCUUCAAUCAUUUAAUGAUAAAUGAUUAAUAUCAUUAGAUAUAAGGUGAUUAUUCAGAUCUAAACAUAAUUUUCAAUUUUUGCGUUCAAAGCUACAGCGCUCAGAAAUAUAAAAAAUAUUUAUCAAUUGUAGACGAAUUGAUACCAAGCAUAUUUUGAUCACAUUUUCUACUGUAAACAUGUUUUUUAUAAUGCAAACAAAUUUGCUUAAAGCUUUGCCAUUUACUGGGUUUACAUUUUUACGGUUAAUUUUAUGAGAAUAUCUCUAUUGUAACCAAAUAACGUAAACAAUAUCAAAGAAAUUUCCACGUUUUAAAAAUAUUUUUGUAUUUAAUAUGAAAAAAUAUUAACACACAAAGCUACUUUGAUGUCAUCAUGCUUCUAUAUACUAUUCCAAAAAAAACUGUUCAAUGGAUCAGUUGAGUAAGUAAAGGUACUUCAAUCCGCUGCUCGCAAAUACCCUGUAUAUUAUAUUUAAUAUGCUUCACAGUAGAAAUGUAUAUUAAGACGAACUGCGUUGUCAGGAAACAUGUACUUUAUAUUGGACAUAUCUUUGAAGAUAACAUAGGUUUUAAAAUUCCUCUCGAUCUAGACAAUCUAAAUUGAUAAGGGAUGCAGCUACAGUUUCUCAAAACAAAAUAGUUAACACGAAAGAACUGUAGGUUUUAUAAUCGGGACAACCUAAGUUAUCAUUAGGCAUAAUCAUAGCGAUAAGUAAUUUGUUACAAUGUUACCUUGAGUUUGUAUUUACUACAUUAUGAAUUAAAUCAAACUGUUGUGUAACGACAAUAAAUAAUGUUAGAAAAUAUUGUAAAACUAUAAUAGUCAUAUAACGUAUAUAUUUAAUAUCAGUUAUAAAAAAGAAAUAUUCGUCAUAAAGGCUUAAGGGAUACUGUGCAAUAUUGUUUUGUGGCUUUUACCAAAAAAGUUGCUCUAAACGACAUUCAAAAAUGGUUAUUUUUAUACGUGUAUAUGCUUGCUGAUGUUUUCCUUUGUAACCGAACUACGUUGUUGGAUGCUUUUUAGAUUAUUGUCAAUAAAUGCAGUAUUUUAGUAUAAAA